AUGUUCACUUCAAGGAACAUCUUUGCACAUCCCGAGUUCUUCAUCUUGCUUGGAAUCCCAGGACUGGAGAAUUCCCAAGUUUGGAUUGCCUUUCCAUUCUAUGUCAUGUAUAUUGUGGCUGUAAUGGGAAACAUCAUCAUCUUGCAUAUCAUCCGAAUCGACCGCACCCUGCACGAGCCCAUGUACCUCUUUCUGGCCAUGCUGGCUGUCACCGACCUGGUCCUGUCCUCUGCCACACAGCCAAAACUGUUGGCUAUACUCUGGUUUCAUGCUCGUGAGAUUGAAUAUCAUGCCUGCCUCAUCCAGGUGUUCUUCAUCCAUGCCUUUUCUUCUGUGGAGUCUGGGGUACUCAUGUCUAUGGCCUUGGACCGCUAUGUGGCCAUCUGCUUCCCACUCCGGCACUCAAGCAUCCUGCCCACCUCUGCAGUGAUGAAGCUGGGGGUGGCGGUGAUGAUGAGAGGACUGCUGUGGGUGAGCCAUUUCUGCUUCAUGAUCUCCAGGAUGCCCUUCUGCCCCAACAGGGCCAUUCCCCAGUCCUACUGUGAGCACAGGGCUGUGCUCAAGUUGCUGUGUGCUGACACCACAGUCAACUGUGGAUAUGGGCUCUUUGUGGCUUUCUCUCAAAGUGGCUUUGAUCUAAUGGUCAUUAAUAUAUCAUACAUGAUGAUUUUGAGAGCUGUGUUUCAUCUACCCUCAGGGGAAGCCUGCUUCAGAGCUUUUGGUACUUGUGCUUCACAUAUCUGUGUUAUCUUAGGGUUUUUUUUUAAUAUUUUUGUUGUAGAUUUUGUAAUUGGAGCUGGAUCAGAAUCUGAUGUAUGGCGAAAAACAGACCAUUCUCUAAAAUGUUGUCAUAGCCGAUUAGAAAUCAUGUCUCGUUUUGUAGAAAGUGUUGAGAUUUAG